CAGAAUGUUGAUGUGUCUGUGCAUGGGAAUCCGAUCCCGUCAUGGAGAGCGAGUGUCGGGCGUCUGCUCUUGGAUGUCUGCAAUUUUUGUAAACGCAACCGCCAAAUGCAAAGUCUCAUUCUUCUAGACCCCAUGGCUUUGUCACCGGUGUCGCCAUUGCUCAAUCUGAUGCGACACUCCUUGGAACCAAAAGCUCACCUGUCAGGCAUUCUGUGGAUUACCCCACUUGAUGCCCUUUCCCUCUUCUACCACGUGCCCAUUCCUCGACAAGAGUUGGGUGAUGAGGCAGAGGCGGAGCACGCCUAUCCACGGCCAUUCUAUCUUCGAGUCCUCACUCUGGCCGCAUUCCUGUCGAAUUGGUUGGCUUGGUUCUCCCGAAUUGAGACUUAUUCGUCAUUGGGCAUAUCUCGUUUUCAGCCAACAGCUGUGUCCGAC